AAAAGGAAGUGCGUCCUUAUUGCGGUCCGUGUAGAAAGUACGGGUGUAAACACUUCUCAGGAGCGUGUUUGUGAAACUUUUUAAACACAUGAGAGUAAAUAAACGCAGUUUAUAUGUGUCCUGUAUCUGCGCGGGGGUUUUAGUAGUAGCUGUGAGCUGGACCGCCGUUUAUCUGAUGUCUAACUCGCCGCCCGGCGCCUCAGGGUCGAUGCAGGACCAAACUCUGGACUACUUGCUCCAGAAAGGUGCGAUACAGGAAAGGGACGCUGCACAUGUUGACUGGUAUCAUGCAGCCAACAGUCAGAACAAGAUCAGCGAAGCACUUCAAGGUCCUGCUCAGAUGAUAGAAGCAGACGUUCUCCUCAGGGGUCGAGAUCCAGAGGAACCUAUAAUGGCGCACCCUCCUAACACAGACAGUGACAUCACACUGAAGGACUGGCUGAAAGCGGUGGUGACCUCGGGCAAGGGGAUCAAACUGGACUUCAAAAGUCUAGUGGCAGUGGCUCCCUCCAUGGCUCUGCUGGACGAGGCUCGUGAUCAGCUGAAAGGCCCCGUGUGGAUCAAUGCAGAUAUUCUUCCAGGGCCUGGGGGCCAAGCGACCCCCCUGGAUGCCCAGGCCUUUCUUCAGGCAGUGGCUUUGAGAGCUGAAGGGGAUGUGCUCUCCUUGGGUUGGACCACCGGAUGGUCUCCAGAUACUGAAAACCCAGGUUACAGCUGGGAGAUGGUCCAACAGAUGGAGGGGGUUUGCAGGCCUCUGAAGCAGCCGGUGACGUUCCCAGUGCGAGCAGCUCUCCUGCCCCAGUCCUUCCCUCAGUUACAGUGGCUCCUGCAGCAGUCCGACAGGUACACACUGACCGUAUGGACAGGCCAAAGUGAUGUGCUAAACGUGGAGGAUUUGUUACCCUACAGGCAAAACUUCAGCAAGUCUAGGAUUUACUACGAUCUGCUGGAGUCCCAGAUCGCAAAGUUUAAAACACUACCUGGGUACACCUGAGAUACCACUCCCAAGGCUCCUUUUGAAAAAACUCUUUUUCAGAGCAUUAAAUAUAGAAGAUGUUUUUGUUAUUGUGUCUCAGUAGAAGAAGAAAAGGCCCAGGUAUGUUAACGGUUUAUGGACCAGAAACCGUGUCUAAUAGAACAAUGGACCAUACACUCUACAAACUGUUCUAAACAAAGUACUGUAAAUCCAGUGUUUUACAAUGGUGAUAUACACUAAUCAUUAAUAAUAAUAAUAAAUGUCUUGCACCCAGAAGGAAUAGUCUGACAGGAAUGAAACUUGGUGGUAGGGCUGCACAAUAUACUGUUUAAGCAUCGUCAUCGCGAUGUGCACACGCGCAUUACGGCAAUUAAAUCAAACACGUCAUGUUGCAAUGUUUUGAUUCUUGACACAAGAAGUAGAUACACAGCGCUGUCUCUGUGUCUGUGUAAGUGACAGGCUGCUGUUGCCUGAGAAGUGCGAGGGGUGGGCAGGAGUAAACACGAGGUAACCGCAUGGCCUCCACAUGGUUGAGCAUGUGCUUGUAAACGCACAUGUGGAAAGCUGUGCACCUCAGUCCGGUCGCAGAUAUUUCCAGUUACAGCUGAAUUCACGAUUUUAAUAAUAAAAAAAGCCAUUUAAAUGCCUGAUUAAAGGGCAGAUUACUGUUGUUUUGCUGGUUUUCCUCGGGUUUUGAAAAAGAACAUUGGACACAUCAUCAACACUCCUGUAAACACCUCUACUGCAAUAUCUGCAGGAACAGCAUGAUAAUAUUCAAGCUGCAUGGGAUUGAUUAUCACAGGACUCCAUUAGGUACAUCUACAACUCCAUGCUGAGAUGUCUGGCAUGUUGAGUUACACCUUAAGUAUUAUAUAUAUAUAUAUAUAUAUAUAUAUAUAUAUAUAUAUAUAUAUAUAUAUAUAUACUACUUCUGUACAGUAUGUGUAGCUGAAUAAAUACUUUCCCAUAUCAGUCUAAAGGUUUAAUAAUUGAUUGUUCCUGAUAAACGUUAUGUUCCUUCUGAAUAUCACUGGAAUCUGAAACUUCCUUCUGGGUGCAACAGUUUUUUUGACAUUGAGUUUUUGACACAAACAUUAAGAUUAUCAAGGUGUCUAAGCACACUAGCACCUUCCUCACCAGGUACUGGCAGUAAAAAUGUUACUUAUUUGAUGUCUUGAUUUUUAAUUGUGAAAUAUCAUAUAGGACAGGUAGACUGUGGAAAAGCAUUACUACACAUCAACACACAACAAUUAAAAUGUGCAAUAAAGUAUUUUUUAAAUAAAA